UUAUCCGUCAAAUUAUUAACCUCACUUGACAACAGCUGAUUUACAUAAUUUUAAAAAUAUAUGCAAGGGUGAGAAAUAAUUAUUUGAAAUGUCGUUAUUUAGAUUUCCCUGGCUGAGAAGAUUUGUACGACGAAACACCAAUCCUAUUCCGCAGGAUAAGGCAUAUUUAUGGAAAAACAGACUGUCCCUGGCUUAUAUGCUGAUAUGUUGGAAUGCUUUCGGUUUAGUGUGUUACAUGUUCUACCAAGGUAAAGGAGACUGGGCCAAAUAUUACGGUUUAAAGUCAGAAGAAGAACUUAAAAUGACACCAGCACAAAAAUGGACAAAAACGCUAGGAAUUCGAGAUGCAACAGUAUAUUCAGUAAAAGGCUUGAAUGUUGAAAAAUACAACAUCCAUAAUGAUGAUGAAGACUUUGAAAAGAAGUGAUAAAAGCUAUUUAUUAUUAUAAUAUAAUUAAAAUCACAUUUUGUUCAUGUUUUAGUCAAUAAUUAAAAUAAAUAGAAAGGAACUUUUACUGUCCACUCACA